GCAGCUGUCAUGGCGGGCGCGCAGUGGGGCUCCCUGGCCGUGCUGCUGCCGCUGCUGCUGCCGCUGCUCCCCGGGGCCGCGCACCCGUCCGAGGGGCCCGGGGCCGCGCCCGAGGCGGCGGGCGGCGGCGGCGACCGCUUCAAGAUCGAGGGCCGCGCCGUGGUGCCCGGCGUGAAGCCCCAGGACUGGGUGUCGGGGGCGCGCGUGCUGGUGGACGGCGAGGAGCACGUCGGCUUCCUCAAGACAGAUGGGAGUUUUGUGGUUCAUGAUAUACCGUCUGGAUCUUACGUAGUAGAAGUCAUUUCUCCAGCAUAUAAGUUUGAUCCUGUCCGAGUGGAUAUUACCUCAAAAGGAAAAAUGAGAGCAAGAUACGUGAAUUACAUCAAAACGUCAGAAGUAGUCCGACUGCCCUACCCUCUCCAAAUGAAGUCCUCCGGCCCACCUUCUUACUUUAUUAAAAGAGAGUUGUGGGGCUGGACAGACUUCCUCAUGAACCCAAUGGUUAUGAUGAUGAUCCUCCCAUUAUUGAUAUUUGUCCUUCUGCCCAAAGUAGUCAAUACCAGCGAUCCUGAUAUGAGACGGGAGAUGGAACAAUCAAUGAACAUGCUGAAUUCCAACCAUGAAUUACCUGAUGUUUCAGAGUUUAUGACAAGACUCUUCUCCUCAAAGUCAUCUGGCAAAUCUAGCAGUGGCAGCAGUAAGGCCGGCAAAAGUGGAGCUGGUAAAAGGAGGUAGUCAGGUGUCGUGGAGCAGGCGUUUGCACAAACAUGGCAGUCCUGGGUGGCAUUCCAGUCGAGGGAAAUUGUGUGAAGCAGUGACUGUCAGCUUGAGUCAUCCUGAGAGUCGGGCUCUGAUAACUGUUGUGUGUGAUAAGUUGUGAGCACAUGUUUUGUACUUGGUACACAAGAGGAUACAGCUUUCAUCUUGGUCUGUAUGAGGUCAAUAUGAUGUCACUGAAUUAAUUACAGUGUCCUAUAGAAAAUGACGUUAAUAAAUUAUAUGAAAAACUAUACAUUAUAUUAAAGUAAGUCUUAACACAG